AUGAUUAAAUUUCUCCUUCUCGAAUUGAAGGACACCAUCAUCACAAAGAACAAGAAGAUCGCGGCUUGGAGAUCAACCGCAUUGAAAUGUGCGCCACCAACAAGCGGACUUCACAAAUUCGCCGACGAAAAAGACGUUCCCGACGUCGACGAAGAGUUUCUUGCAAUUAUCAAUGAUAUUCUGAAAAAGCAGAAAACUGUGCCCGGAGCUACGCAAUUUCCAGAAUACGCCGACAGCAGCAAAGGUUUAUUGACCAACGAAGGCAAAGCUGCGUUUAAUGAUUUUCUGAAAAAAAGCACAAAACUGUGA